AUGCUAGAACUGAAGAACUGGCAGAGCAGAAAUUACAUUUUGGCUGAUUACGGCGACCCCUCGAGUUUUGCUAUACCUUUUGUGUACGGACAUCACCAAGAAACGAUUCAAACACUUAAUGGCAAAUCAGAAGUGGCUGAUGCAGCGAUUCCCGCGCCCUCUGAACAAGACCCAGAUGGUGAUGGUAUCGUUGGUCAAGCAGGAAGUGAUUACCCUGUGCUGAAUGAAGUUCCAGAUACCGGGUUUUCAUGUAAAGAUCAGCUUCCCGGGUACUACGCAGAUAUAGAUACUGGAUGUCAGGCAUUUCACUUCUGUUACGGAGAAGAGUUUAAAGCCAGUUUUCUGUGCCCAAACGGUUCAGUCUUUAACCAGGAAACCUUCACCUGCAUGUGGUGGUUCAACGUGUCUUGUUCCCAAGCUACAAACUUCUACGAUCUCAAUGCUCAGCUUUAUAUCAUCCCUGAACCUGAUUCUCCGUUGAAGUCGGAGCCCCCUACUUCAUCAUCAAAGUCUCUUUCUCUUCCAGUUCAAUCUGUAGCUAAUCCGGAAGCGAAGAAGCAUGGCGGAACAAGAUACGUGUUAGUUAAAGUUCCUGUUUCAGAAGAUGGUUAUCCUCAUCUUCCUGGAAAUAUUGCAGAACACAUUAAUGGAUUACAGCUGGCGAAAGAUCACCAUGGUGACGGAUAUAGUCGGUAAGCCUCAAUUAGCAAGGUGUGACAACUUCUAGAUUGCUGAAAAGACCCGUGAAAACUAAU